ACGUCGACUAUAUAUGCGGCGGCGGCAGCGGCGGCGGUGUUCCUCUGCGCGAUUUUUUAUUACAUAAUUUCACUUUAAUAUAUAAAAUAAUAUUAUCCGAAAUCGCAGGCUGCAGUGGUCGGCGGCGGCGCGGUGCAGUCGUAGUGUUGACGCGUUAUUUCGAUAAUUAUUUAAAUAAUAUAUAAACAUCAUAACAUUAUAUAGGUAGAAUAGUGCUGCGGUGCCUAUUCUGAUAUAAUAAACGYCGUGCUUAUAAUAUAUUGUUCUCGUAUACGCGUGUCUUCUGAAAAUAUCACAAAGUAGGUAUAUAAAACAACCGAGGCGAACGUAUAAAUUAUACCAUAAAUUGUAAAAAAAAAAAAAACAUAAGUGCAUAGACAGAUCAGCCGCAGGACUCGCUCGUAGAAUAUGACCAAUGCGAAGAUCAUGUCGUCGCAGAACAGGCGCGAGUCYUGCUGCAAAGGGCACGCCACGAACGAAAACAAUAAUGGAUACGUCGUCAGUCCGGCGAACGGUUGUCGGAAAAUAUCGGCUGUCGAAAUGAUGAAAAAAGGAGCCGGAGGAUCGUUGGCGAUCGUAGUCGCUCCCGAUGGUGGCUGGGGAUGGGUAGUAGUUUUCGCUGCGUUUUACUGCAAUGUCGUUGUAGAUGGAAUAAUUUAUUCCUUUGGCAUGCUCAUGAAUGACAUGGUGAACACAUUUCACGUGCCGGAGUCUAAGAUCACAAUAGUCGGGUCACUGUUAAACGGGUUUUAUUUGAUCGCAGGUCCGUUUGUAAGUGCUCUUCUGAACAGUGUGGAUUUCCGAUCAGUUACAAUAAUUGGAAGUGUAAUUUCUAGCGUUGCAUUUAUUUAUGCAUCUUAUGUAGAAUCGUUGUACCAACUGAUGUUCUGUUAUGGCUUCAUUGGAGCMUAUAUUCUCAUUGUAUCAAGUGAUACAGCUAGGGUGUAUAUCGCUUGUAAAAAAAAAAUUAUCAUAUCAUUAAAAUCYACACAUACCCGUAUAAUACAUAUAUGGGGUGAAUUAGCCGACGAGAUAAAACAAAUCGAUGAGUAUCGAAAACUGACGUUUUACCUUCACGUCUACUACACCAUACUGGAAUGUAAAAAACGUGUCAACAAAUCGGAAAACUGCAGUGACGAUAAAUGCGACGAAAAUUAUGAAAGUUCGAUGGGCGCUUUUCGCAAUUUCCUGCUCCAUAGAGGUGGCGAGUUCAGUACCGAAAACGAAUUUUUACCGUAUUUUGCACUACCAUACGUGUUCGAACCGAUGCAACACCCUUCUUUUAAAAAUUUGUUCAAAGAAAAUCGAUGGUGUGAUUCGUUAAAAAAAAGAUUAGAAGACUUUAUUUUGGACAUCGCUAUUAGCACAUCGGUGACAUUAGUGCCCAGCAAAGAAGCGGGAAAGCGAAAAUUGACAAAAAAAAAAUUUAAAACGCUGUAUAAGGAAUACAAACCGCUAAAUGCAUUGGCUGCUGAGCUUUUGAACGCUUUGGAAAAUUCAAUUCGAGGACAAUCRAUCAAUUUAGAAAUUAUUUUAAAAAAUUGUAAUGCUGUGGUGGAAAAAAACGAUGACAAUAAAGUUAGUGAUCAAAAUUUAGAAAUUGUUGAUGACCAACUCGAUUUAUCCAUUUUUAAAAUCAAACUUGAACUCCGAGAUGGUAACAGUACCAAGAACAAAUUACUUAUCCUACAAGCUUUACGUUGGAGGUUGACAAAAUUGGAAAACAAAACCGACACGGUAGUGAUGAUAAAGAAAUACGAUCUACUGGAUUUAUGCAAAUCUAGAGCCGAACAAGGACUAAUGAAAUGGCUGAUGAUGACAAACGGGCCACAUCCGCUACAACAAAUGAUAUCAAGACUGUUGAAUGCCCUGKCGUCAUUCAACAGGGGCCGCAGAUAUUUGGCAGGCUCUCCGUUUUUACUCCGUCUAAUCAUAACUCAGCUCAUAUCGUCACAACAUUUUUGGGACACGAUCACGAGCAACAUGUUGUUAGGAACAUUGCAGAAGCUCAGUAUGGGUGAAGAUAAUUUCAAUUAUGUGGUAUCCCCGUUCGCGAGUUCAGUAAUUUUGGCGCUAGCAGCUGAGGGAGCCGAUUCGGAAACCAAGACCCAACUUGUGGAAACCAUGGGUGGUGAGCUACCGGAYAAGAACUCCUACAAAGAAGUACUCACAACCAUCAAGGUAUGUAUAGACGUAUAUUACUUGACAGAUGUGAGGAGAGUCGCGAGACCUGACCUGGAAAUUAAGCGAGCAGCAACCAACAGCAUCGCCGCCGACGACGAUUCUACUGCCGUAUUCUACAUUGCUAUAUAUGGAUUAUUUAAAAUAUAUAACCUUAACACUUUUUUUUGUCUUUCYGGCUAUCAUUUCCAGGGAACCAAAACGAAUACCGUGUUCACCGAAUCGGCGGACCUGUCGAAACUGUCGUCGGACAAGCUGUACUUGGACGACGUGGUCCAGCAGGCCAACAUCCGCGUGUGCAUUGACGGUUCUUCCGCUUCCUCGCUGACCAGUUCCGCAUUUACGUCACAGAGAGUCAUCAAGGAGUCGGUKGUCGUGGACCGGCCGUUUGCGUACGCGUUAUACAACGUGGCCAACGGGAUCGUGUACGCGGCCGGCAAGUUGGAGCGACCUGUCUGGGAGGAUACCGACGACGACGGCAAUGGUUCCGACAUCGAGACGAUCGACAUUUAGA